AGUUGACAAUUCGCUCGGCAAACACCGUGAUUUUCCCACAUUCCGUCCCUCUCACAAAAAAUCUAUACACUCCAGCUCAGCGGCUGUAUCUUCAAGAAACUCCUCAAGAAUCCAUGUCUGACUCAACUUUCAAACGGUUUGUCGAGGUCGGACGAGUCGUCCUACUCAAAUCCGGUCCUUAUGCCGGCAAAAUCGCUGUUGUUGCAGAGAUCAUCGACCACAACCGGGCAAUAAUCGAUGGCCCCACCACCUCCGUCCCACGGCAAUCCUUCCCCUACAAGCACCUCACCCUUACUCCUCUCGCUCUAACAAAACUUCCCCGUGGCUCUCGCUCAGGGACUAUCAAAAAACAUCUGGAGAAAGAAGGCACAUUGACGAAGUGGAACAACUCGGAGUGGGCGAAAAAGCGGGCAGCUGUUGAGAAGAGGAGAUCGUUGAACGAUUUCGCGAGGUUCUCUGUUAUGUUGGAGAAGAAGAAGAGGAGGGAUGGCGUCAGGAAAGCUGUCAAGGCGUUGAAGGCAUAAGGAAAUGACAACGGGAUUUAUUCUUCUACGCUCCACGCCCGCUGCUGUAUGCUCUCUAUGACUAUCCUAUGUUCCCUCUGCACGCCAAAUGACAUCCCUCAUUGCCUAUGUCCCAGCUCGUUAAAUGUGAGGUUUCUCAACGAAGAAUGCUAUCACGUCGAUCAUUGGUCAAACAGCCGAUAUACUGACUACUGAAGUGGCAUCUGACUAUCAAUGCUGUAUAUCAUUCAACAUUGAAAUCCACGACGCUGAUUUCCAAAAUAUGUUGAGUCCCUUGUUGCUGUACUUACAGCUAGGUCAAGUCACUACUACGUUCCUUAUACCAUAGCCAGCAGACUGACUCAAUCAGACACAA